UCCGAAGGGUGGUGGUGGAGGUGGCGAUCAUGUGCGCCGCCAUUUUAUUCAAUUCCGUCGUUCCGGCCGUGCGACUGACUACGACGGAACGGUAGAAUGAAAUGUUAUAAUGGCGAGUGCGUCUAUUCCGCAUAUUUGAUGUCGCGAUAAAGUUGGGCGUACGCGUCCGCCUUAUCGGUUAUCCUGCCAAGAUUUCAACUCUCGCGGGCGUUCUCGUCAGGCCGUCGUGCCGCCGGCUCGGCCUACGAAUAAGUUGCUCCGUUAUUGAAGGUCGCAACGUGCCGACGCGUUACGUAUGUGAAUCAUACUCCGAGUUAUGGAGAGGUGCGACUCGAGUAACACGCGAUAAUCGCGUUACUCACAUCAAUUCCGCGACACGCUACAUUCCGGACACACGUGUUACGACACCCGCGCUCGUCUCGGCGAUACGGACAUACAUUUUUUACGCAAUUUCGCCAUUGUCGCGUAAAUCCUCGCGUGCGUAUAUACCUUUGCACAUAUCUGCGCGUGCUGAUUUCUUCAUAUAAUAUGAUAUCGAAGCGAGCAUGAAGGUAACCGUGUGCUUCGACAACGUCAGGGUGGUGGUCCCAUGCGGAGAUGGAAGUCUACUGGUCAAGGAUCUAAUGCAUGAGGCCAUCCUGAGAUACAAAAAGGCCACUGGAAAAAAUGAUAACACCUUGACCAUCAAUAGUCUGUCUUCGUUGACUGGAGGUGGUUUGUUGGAUCCAGAUGACAGACUGUGUGACGUAGCAGACGAUAGAGAACAGAUCGUCGCUCACUUUGCCAGCUCCGAUGUCAAUCACGUAGGUGGAGAUGGUGCAAGCUCGGUUGGCACCAACAGUCCUGACUUUUUCCAUAGAGAUGGCAAGGAGCAAGGUUAUCCAAUCGAUAUUCAUUCCUCUGUGUCUAGUAGUAUUAAGAGAGAAAGUGCCAAGCGUUUGUCAAUGCACGCAUUGUCAACGAGAGAACCUUCUCUCACAACGUAUUCUGCUCAAUCUCUACCAAGAGAGUCUCGACGUAGGGAACCUUUAGGUCAAGAUUCUAAAGCUUCGUACGAAUUUGGCAAUAACAUCGAAUCUGGGAAUCAAGAGGUGCGAGAAAUAGUGAUAAAGAAUGAAGCAGGGCCACUGGGGCUCCAUGUGGUGCCAUGUUACGACUUAUUAGGCAAUGAUCAAGGACUUAGAGUCGAAGGUAUCGAACCAAAUGGUCGCAUCGCCAGAGAUGGACAAAUUGAUUUACACGAUAAUAUUAUAAAAAUAAAUGGUCAUAAUUUGUUGCAUAUACCAUUUCCAAAGGUCCAAGAAAUUUUUAGAACAUGCAUGAAUGAUCCCUGCCUACAAAUUUCCAUUGUUAAACAUAAGAAGAAAGCGAGGAACGAAAAAUCUUUGCAUAAAAACCAUGGGAAUACCAGUGGCGGAUCGGAGAAAACCGAAGGUGAUGAGAAUAUCAAGAGACUUCAAUGCAGUAACUAUAAUCUUUUACAGACUGCGAACACUAGAAAAAUUGGACGGAUGAUAGAAAUAGAAUUAGUAAAAGGAGGUAACGGUUUAGGAUUUAGUGUUACCACACGUGAUAAUCCUGCUGGAGGACAUUGUCCCAUAUAUAUUAAGAAUAUAUUACCAAAAGGUGCUGCGGUAGAAGAUGGCAGAUUGAGAUCAGGUGAUAGAUUGUUAGAAGUAAAUAAUAAGGAGAUGACGGGCAAAAGCCAAGCAGAAGUCGUGUCAUUGCUCAGAAGUAUUCCUGCUAGUGGUAAAGUAAGGAUGGUAGUAUCACGUCAAGAGGAAAUUUCUUCAAACAUUCCAGAUUCUCAGGGUAUUGCGACAUCUGCUCCUCCGACUGCUGAAAUAAUGGAUAAUUCAAAAUAUUGGAGCGCAUUAAAUAGAUCACCAGCAAAAAAGAAUGACGUACAAGAUAAAGUGAGCACUCACAAUUACGAGAAGUGCACAUAUAAACCAAUUAAGUCCUCUGAGGAUAUUGUUUUAUCUCCACGGAAGAAUCGUGUGAUAAUGAACUUAGAUAUACCAGUACAUGAUUCCGAAAAGGCUGGUUUAGGUGUUAGUGUUAAAGGCAAAACCAACAGUUCUGAUGAUAACACUAACAUGGAUUUAGGUAUUUUUAUAAAAAGUGUUAUCCAUGGAGGUGCAGCAUCCAGGGACGGUCGUUUGCGGACCAAUGAUCAAUUGCUCAGAGUUAACGGCGUAUCUUUGUUGGGAUUAUCUAAUUCUGAAGCAAUGGAGACUUUAAGGAGGGCGAUGCUUAACACAGACAGCUCAAUAACCGGUGUGAUUAAUCUUAUAAUAGCUAGGAGGGUAUCAUCGUAUGAUACAAAUGAGAAAAAUACUGUAGAUAAUUUACAAUCUCACCGUAAACCAGAAUCUGUUAGUAGCAUAUACAUAUCGGAUUCUACGAAAAUGAAUGACGGCAUAGUCAAGGAGAAAAACACUUUAAAUUCUCAAACCGAUGUAUUGGAUAAUGGUGGAUUAUUAUCUUGUGUAACAGCUUCGCCAUGGAAUCCUGUCAUUGAUAGACUAACAGAGCAAUAUAGCAAGAGUAGUUUAAGAAAUGAAAGUUAUUGUCUUGCUACCAAUAAGACAUGGAUAGAACCUAUUAAUAAUGUAAAGAAAAUUAUAGGAACGCGCGACGAUCGGGUUGAAGCAGUAUUGUUAGAAGAAUCUAACAACGAUAGCUCUCAAGGAAAUGACGCCAAACGAAAUGCCGAGGAUAAAGACAGCCAAUAUUCCGGAGAUCCUACGUACGACAGCCAGUUAUCUUUGGAAGAAUUAAAUUCUUCGUCAAAUAAGUUUUCUCGUGAUGCUCUUGGCAGACAGAGCAUGUCUGAGAAACGGCACGCAGCACUCGACGCUAAAAACACAGAUACCUAUAAAAGAAACAAAAAAUUACGUGAAAACAGAGAAAAUAAAAACGCGGAUCAAGUCAAUCAGAAAUCAACUAGCCAAACAAGCAAUCACUCAAGCGAUUUAGGAGAUUACUCGAAAAGAAGCAGCAAGUCGAACAAUUUUGAAAAACAUUCAAGUAAAGGGGCCUUAGCUGGAAAUAUAAGUGCCGACAACAACGUGAGACACCAUGAAAAGUCUGUUGAUGUUGCUCAAUCGGAAUAUAUGUAUACUAUACCCGGAUGCAAUAAUAAGUUUCUUUCGCCAAAAAAACAUUGGCUCGUAGACGAUGUACAUGAUGAAGUUACAAGUAGCAAUAAUAUCAAAGACGAGCGAGAAGGUUUUUCGAACAGUCGCGGAGAUGUGAAGCAAGCUUCUCUUAAUUCAGCAUUGGAUGACCGAUAUAAGCGGAAGAAAAACGGUCUUCGAUCGAUACUUCGAUUAAACAGAAAUAGGAAAUCACUUAAUUUUGGGGAUAGCAUAGAAGCAAGGCACGAAACUACAUUUCAGAUUACUCCAAACACAAUCCUUUAUCAGCAGAAGCGUUUUCGAAGCAAAAUUAAUAUACAAAGACCCAGAAAGACGCAUUAUUUCAGAGCAUUGGUAAACAAAUUUUUGACGCCUUUUUACCCGAUCAAAAAUGAAGACAAAAAACCAGAGGAAUUAUGCUACACAGCAAUAAGAACUACGAACAAGAAGAAAGAGAUGGAAUAUAAUCCUUACCAAAGAAUAAUAGCACGUGAUGUCCGCAAUUGGUUUGACAAUUCCAAAAUGAUUGCCGUUUGCCAUCAGAAUUCUAUGACAACAGAGGAUGAGUUUGAACUAGCAGUUCCAUUGAAGAAAUUAAAUAUGUACUAUAAACGAUAUAGCAAUAAGAUUAUGAAAUUAGCAUUGACGGAUUCACCUUACAUGGCAACAAUGCCGUUGUAUUCGUCGAAAUUCUGCAUUAUAUUUGGUUCUGACAUAAAUGUCGUUGGCUUUGAAAAAAUUAUUAGAAAGUUUCCACAAGUUAUUCUAUUAGCGGGUAUACUAGAGGGACAAGUGUUGAAUAAGAAGGACUUUUUGAAAUACGGUAAAAUAGAUCUUACAUCAGCGCGGGUUCAUCUUGUUCAGGUGUUACAAAGUGCAGGCGGUAACAACUUGAAUCAGCAGCUCACGCAUCAUCAGUCCACAUUAGUUACUCGAUUAAAACAGAUCGGUACAGAUAAAACAACUUCCGACGAGAACGAAGAAUCGGUGCCUGUAUAAUUGCAAAAAAUUGCUUGUAUCGA